AGGAAACAAAAAUGGCUUAAAGAUAAUAGGAUAAAUAAGGAUUCUAUAGCCUCCCGUAGGCUGUUUUCCAAUAAGAAAUCAUUUUUUAUACCCAAAAUCCGAUUAAAAGUACAACAAAAAUCUAAACCAAUCAUAAUUCAAG